CGCCAAAUUACGUCAGUAAAAAGUUUAUGAAGACAAAUGUGAAAGUGUUCAAUGCCAGACAAGAAAAGAAGAGUGAAAUAGAUAAGGAAAGAGGCAGAUAAGAAUGAAAUAGAUCUCUCCGUUCUUGCUCUUCCUGUAUCCGGGUAGAGAGAGACAUUGAAUGUAGGGCCUCCCCAAGACCGAGGUUAUGUCACUACCGGACACUAAGAUGCAGAGGUUGAAUCAUUCUUCUCGAUCAGAAAAGCCCAUUCGCCUAGCAAGAGGUUAUGUAAUAAAAGACCGGAGAGAGAGUUAGAAUCCGUGCUCUAAACCUACAGUCAACUAGCUACUUGCCUCAAUUGUCUCCUGAGAGAAGCGUGCCCCCAUACCGACUACCAAAGGGAUUCUUAAACGUCCCUCCAUUCCUGACGAGAGAGCUCAAGUCUGAUCCACCAUCUCGAAAUGGAGACUAUGAGAAAGCAACCCACCUUAUCCAGCUAGCAAGGGAAGAGAGGCUCGUUCCAUGUUAGCAGCUAAGGAGCUACUCUAGAGUUCCGGGAAAGAAAGAUCUAUUCACUCUCCCUACAAAAGAAGUUCGCUAGGCCCUUACUUCGACAAUUCAAUUUGAUAGAUAGUAGGAAGAAGAGACCUCUUUCUUGUUCGAGGAAUUGCUUCAAGGGAAGAAAAGGAAGCUAGCUAUUGAGUUUCCGGGCAUUAAUAAGAUGUCGUUAGACCGAAUUCGAGACAUUUAUUAUAGCGACUUCUGAUAGCAAUUCACUAGUGCCAAGGAGCGGGUAUCGAGAAUCAAUAGGGGAACAGUUAGAAUAGGGGAAGAAAUCCGCCUAGACUGGAGGGUUCUGCCAUCGAGUUCAUCUCGGUUCUUGUUUGAGAUUCUAGUAGCGACUGCUGUACUUUCCAUUCCUAUCCAAUGAUUGCUUCUUUGAUGCACAGAUAACUCGCUUUCCGGCUAAGAAAGACUGAGACUCUCUAGCUACUAUAACAACAACUGAGCUAUGGUCCUCUUUUUACGGAACCUUCUAUGAAACAGUUUAGCUUUCUUUCCCUUACCCUGUAUGGAUGCCGGGGACUACCGUAACGCUUUGGCCUACGCCUGCUCCAUACCUUGGUUUGCUUAGCUUCCAGUACUCCCUUUUGGUUCAUCUGCUUUAGGCUUAUCAUCUUCUUUCUCUUCCUUCAUAUCUUCUCUUUCAAUGGUAUUCUAUCACACCAUCUCUUGCAAACACUGGAAGGAGGGUAUGCUUCACCGACCUCGUUUAACACCGUCCUCUGCUUUCAACGGCUGAGUGGACGAAAGCGGCGGGUUACGUACGGGUGACGAACCGAGUCAGUAAAAAAAGAAGAGUAGCCUUUCAUCCCCUUUGUGCAAGGCUUUCUGUUAUAUUCCUACAAAUGUGAUCUCCAUUACUGAUGGAUAAAUCUGUUUGGAAACAGAGCUCUGAAAUUCCAUUCAGGUCCUUAGUUACAGUCGAAUCGCGAGCAAAGCUCGACACUGCUAGCGAAGCUCUACGACAGAGCAUUUCCAUUAUUUCAAUUAUAGAACCAACCGCCCUCUCUCUUUCCGGCUUAGCCUACCGCUCCGUGGGCUUCUAUCCCCCUGGUGUACGAAAGCAGCGAAGGAAGAGGCGGGCGCGCUAGACCCCUCUCUUCUAGCCGAAGUUCUCACGGAUUUACAACUUCCCUGUCCAAUUAUCAGUUGGUACUGGGAGGGAGCCUUCCGCUCUAUACUGUUAAGUACACGGAUUCAUUUUGUAGCGGAAAUAGAGCUCUUUGAAAUUGAAAGCGGUAUUCCCCUUAUAUAUUAUAGCCUAAAUAGAAUCAUGGAAUUCUCUCCGAGAGCUGCUGAACUAACGACUCUAUUAGAAAGUAGAAUUAGCAACUUUUACACGAAUUUUCAAGUGGAUGAGAUUGGUCGAGUGGUCUCAGUUGGAGAUGGGAUUGCACGUGUUUAUGGGUUGAACGAGAUUCAAGUUGGGGAAAUGGUUGAAUUUGCCAGCGGUGUGAAAGGAAUAGCCUUGAAUCUUGAGAAUGAGAAUGUAGGGAUUGUUGUCUUUGGUAGUGAUACUGCUAUUAAAGAAGGAGAUCUUGUCAAGCGCACUGGCUCUAUUGUGGAUGUCCCUGCGGGAAAGGCUAUGCUAGGGCGGCUGGUCGUACCGGCCAACACGUCUCUGCGUGAUGUAGUAACAUCCGCAUCCCCUAGUUGGGCUGUACCUUCCUCACGUGUGGCGAGGCGGAAUCGUUUCGGGGAGUGCUGGGCGGCACUCUCUGUGGCGUUAGCAGUCGUAGUUAGCUUUGCUAUGAUAGGGGAUAUCCUUCUCAAUCCUGUCAUAGCCUGGUGUGACGCGCGGGGCGCCUCCCCCCCACUUAGUCCACCAGGGCAGGCUCUUCCUCUUCCCGAGGCACCGCCUACCCCGGGACCCGAGCCCGUGGGAGUCCCCGAAUUACCGCACCCUCUACUCCCGGAUGAGGAGAGAAAUGGAAUCCUUACCCAGGGGUACUUCUCUCUAAUCUCUAAUGAAGAGAUAUUAGGGAUCUCUCGGGCCUUCUCGAACCAUGACGGGGGGGACGUCAACCUCCGGCGUAUGGUCUCCACUAUCAACGCUCAAUUGAUAGUGGAGCGCUCUGUGGAGGCUGCCCUGGUGCAGGAUGGGUAUAGCCCCGCUUUCAUUAUGCAACGGUACCCCGAAAUCCGGGACGUCCUGCAUGUUCCACAAGGACGUCUUUUGAGUGUACGGACUUAUGAGUCGUACGUCACUCAAAUUACGGAACGUGGUACCCGGGAGAGCUUGCCGUAUCGGCGCGUUCUGCAAGCAAUUGCACGCAACGUAUGGAACGCACGGUAAGGGGGCCUUACUACUUCUUCAUUCAGGGGGGGGGGAGACUAGCCUCAUUACUUCCCACUGGGCGAGAGGUGCACCCAACCCACUCAUCAAUCACGGUGUUCAGCUGACUUGCACUGAUAGACCCCUAUUGUAUUGGAAUUAGGCGCCAAUCUUUUGACUGUUGUCAACUAAUCUCUUCAA